CAAACUGUUCAUCUGGAUGGAAGGUUCUGGAAUCCACCAACCCCAACAACUCCGUCUCUGCUUUCAACGGGUGGAAUCAAUUUCCGGUCUCUCACGAGCAGGCGGCAAAUCUAGCCCAGGAUAUUAAUUUCCGAUUGAAAAUCUCACCGCCUUCAGGUUUUCCGGCGAAUUCUCGCAGUCGACGACAGAGGGAUGGGGUGGAUGACCAGAUUCCUCACCGCCGUCGCUUUCUUAGCGAUGGGAGUAGUGUUUUCGCCGGAAACCUUCGGGUCAAAAUCAGACGGUCAACGCCCUCUCGCGUUUCUGAAAUUGGCGCACCUGCUGUGCUUCUCCACCGCGUGGGGCGCCGCUCUAUGGGUCACCUUCAUCGGCGGCAUCAUCAUGUUCAAGAAUCUUCCGAGGCAUCAGUUCGGGAAUCUGCAGAGCAAGAUGUUCCCGGCGUACUUCUCUUUGGUCGGAGUUUGCUGCGCCGGAUCAGUGGCUGCUUUCGGCUACUUGCAUCCAUGGAAGACCUCGAGCAGUGCAGAAAAGUAUCAGAUUGGUUUCAUCCUCGGUGCAUUCGCAUUCAACCUCAGCAAUCUUUUCUUCUUCACUCCCAUGACUAUUAAGAUGAUGAAGGAAAGGCACAAAAUUGAGAGAGAGGCAAACAUUGGAGAAGAAGUUGGGUGGACAAAGAACCAAGAGGUUGCAAAGGUCAACCCAAAGCUUGCUGCCAUGAACAAGAAGUUCGGCAUGAUUCACGGUCUCUCUUCUCUUGCCAAUAUCAUGUCUUUUGGUUGCCUUGCCAUGCACUCUUGGUAUUUAGCUGCAAAAAUUGAUCUUUAGAUUCUUCUUGUGCUGCUACUGCUGCUUCAUAUAUACUAUAUAUUUAUUGUAACAAUAAUCCGUUUGCCGGAUAUUCAUAGAUAAGAUAUACUCCGUAUAAUCCAAACAUUAUGCUUUGGUUAAGAAUGCACAAGUUGGAGUAUCCUAUUGGCAUUUGCAUAAACACUUCAGCAUGAAAUGCUUUGUUCAUUAGGAAUAUUUGGUACCUUGUGACAUUAUUUGUUCCUAUAGAUGAGCUAGUGGUUCUAAUUAGUGUCCGUACACUUUCUUUUAGAGCUAGCAUUAUAUCCCU